CAAUCGAACCGAGUGGAUGUAAAGCGAUAAUAAAAACGACGGGCGCGAGUGAAAAUUUUAGUUUUUAUUUUAAUAAAUUAUUAAAAUUAAUGUUUUAUUAAGUUAUUAAGUGUCUUAAUAUUAAGUAAAUGUAAAAAAUCCCUAAUAUUAAAGAAAAGUGUUAAUAAGUGUUAGUUAAAAAAAGAAAAGAAGUUGUUUGUUCCUUAUAACAAAAGAAACAACAACAAGAACAAUUGAAUGAAGGUUGCUGCAAAAGCUGUCAAUAAACAAAUUAAAUAUCAAUGUAAUCAAUUAUGACAUCAAAUGUUAACAGACGCUACCUUGGCCUCUAUUUGUCCCUAAAUAUUGUUGGUAAAACUAUGAAAACCAUACAAUACAAUGAAAAUUUUUAGCAUAUAAAAACAAGGAAAAACAGGACAACACAAAGAAUAAAAAAAACAAAUUUCAAUACAAAACAAGAAAACAACAAGCUAUUUAUUUAAUGCUAUAACAAAGAAAAUUAAAUAAAAGAAGCUACAAUAGAAAAAAAUCAAUAUAUAGUACAUUUAAUAAUACAUUUACAACUAAAUUGUAUUGAGGAAUAACAACAGAAAUAAUACAAAAAACAAAGAAAGUAACUAAAUCAAUCAGUCAGAGCGGCGCAAAAAGACAGCCUAAACGUCAAAACAGCCCCUUCAUCAGUUUUUAUGUCCUGCCAUCAUUAUCAACAACACCGCCAAUACCAAUAACACUCCUACUACCAACAACUGGCCACAAGUUUUAUUUUAACAUAAAAUAAGCAAAAGCUAAAAGUAAUAAGAAUUACUAACAGGACAACCAUUGCCAUAAAAAUAACAGACAGUUAGAAGAAGAAGAAAAAAAAGGACACCACUUAAAGUAAAGUGAGUGUGUCUGCGCGUGCAAGUGUUUGAGUGAGAGUGUUUAGUGCCGCAAAUAUGGGGAAGAAAAGCUCCAAAUUGAAACAGGACACCAUUGAUCGUUUAACAACGGAUACCUAUUUUACAGAAAAAGAAAUCAGACAAUGGCAUAAAGGAUUCUUAAAAGACUGUCCCAAUGGUUUACUCACAGAGCAAGGCUUUAUAAAAAUCUACAAACAAUUUUUCCCUCAAGGAGAUCCUAGUAAAUUUGCCUCGUUAGUUUUCCGGGUAUUUGAUGAAAAUAAUGAUGGUUCAAUAGAAUUUGAAGAAUUUAUACGAGCUUUGUCGGUAACAUCGAAAGGCAAUUUAGAUGAAAAAUUACAAUGGGCUUUUCGUUUAUACGAUGUGGACAAUGAUGGUUAUAUAACGCGAGAGGAAAUGUACAAUAUUGUUGAUGCCAUUUAUCAAAUGGUGGGUCAACAACCCCAGGCGGAGGAUGAAAAUACACCCCAGAAACGAGUGGAUAAAAUAUUUGAUCAAAUGGAUAAAAAUCAUGAUGGAAAAUUAACAUUAGAAGAAUUUCGUGAGGGUAGUAAAGCUGAUCCACGUAUAGUUCAGGCGUUAAGUUUAGGUGGUGGUUAAAUCCUUUUCCUAUUAGUUAAAAAGAGUUUACCAUUUAAAUUCGUUUCCUUCUAUUUAUACUCAAAUCAAUUAACAAACUUAAGCUUUAAAGCUGUCUCUCUAACAUACCAAAGAUAUCUAAGUUCUUCUUUUUUUAAUUAUUAUUCAAACUUAAAAAACAGUUAUUUUAAUAAAAUAAAUAUUUUCUUUAAAUGUUAAAAAAAAAAAAAACAAUUAAUUUACUUCUUUAAACUUUAAAUUUAAA